AUGUUGCUCUCUAGCGUCUAUCUGCUGGCGCUCCUCCCCUAUGCUCUCGCCACCUCUAUCAUCGACUUCUCUGCAGCACGAGGGGAUAACCCUUCCGUGCUUGGACAGAUGAAUCUGGAGGCUGCUCGUGACGAUAAAGUGUCCGGCAACACAAAGGAUCUGUUCAUCAAGCUGGGUACUGACCCUCAUGGCGCUCCUGCGUUGCACUUCCACCGCAUCAAGGGUGACAUCCGCGCCGAGUACCAUGCCCUGUCCAAUAAGGUGGCCGCCGAUAAGACAUACUACAUCGGAUAUCAAUUUAGACUGGGCGCAAUUGAGCAGAGCUUGAUGGUGUGGCAAUUCAGUAAGGAAUACGCUGCCAACAAUGCCAACGAUGGGGGCGCCAACAUCCCCCUGUCCCUGGAGUUCAAGAGCGGGAAGCUGAAUUUCCAGUACCAGGACUCGUACAGCGGAAAGCGAGUCUCGCAGUGGUCAGCCACACUGAAGACCGACACGGUCUACUCGAUCGGACUGGUCAUCAACACCGCGUCCCCGGGCUGGGUGGAGCUCUACUGGGAUGGAAAGCAGCAGACGUUCUCAAGCAACGGAAAGACGAGGCUGCCCGCCAACACCUUCCCUGGACGCGCGGAGCCCAAGUUCGGUGCGUACCGUGGUGAGGAAGUCGAGAUUGACAACUACGUCUACCGGAUCCAGAUCGGUACCUCGAUCAAGGAUAUUCAGGAGGCAGCCGGCUUGGGAGGCGAUGGCGCUGUUUCCGCUCCUACCACGACGCUGAAGACUACCACUGUUCCGGCUACCAAGACCACGGCGACGACUUCGGCUCCUACUUCUACUGGGCUGUGUGAGUGGGAAGGACACUGCCUGGAUGCCGCUUGCGCGACCAACGAUGAUUGCUCGGAUCCCUGGGCCUGCAUCAACGGGAAAUGCUCGGUGGAUCCUAGCAUUACUUGCAGCUGGAAGGGCCACUGUGCUGGCGCGACAUGUGUCUCCCAUAACGACUGCGAUGAUCCGUGGGCGUGCAUCUAUGGUGUCUGCGCCAUGGAUCCCACUGCGUAG